AUGUCUACCCAACAAGGCACUGACAAGUCCAAACCCUACAUUCCUCUCGCCGGCGGUGCAGAUGAUGGUUGGUCCAGAGAGACAGAAGCGACAGCAACCUGCUUCUGUGGCGCCAUACAGCUGAAAUUCCCCAUCGAGAAGCCUGGUCUGGUCGGGAGUUUCAUCUGCAACUGCACCGACUGCCGCAAGAUCACCGCGUCCAUGUUCGCCUCAAAUUUCAUCGUCGCCGAACGUGACGUGACGCAUCUGCGUGGCAAGGACAACCUGAACUCCUUCAGCCAAUCCAAAACUAUUGCGACGGGGAACACCAUGACCAACUAUUUCUGUUCCACCUGUGGCACGCUCAUGUAUCGCAUUACCUCCGCCCGCCCAGACAUGCUCGUCUUGCGUAUCGGCACAGUGGAUGACUUUCACCUGCACGAGACGAAGCUGAAGCCCCAAGUGGAGCAAUUUGUCAAAGAUCGGGUGGGUUGGUUGAGUGGUGCGAAGGGAAUUAAGCAGGUUGAGGGAUCCGCUUUCUAG